GGCGCCUGCCCUGCCUACCCCCAUCCCCCCACCCCCAGCUAGAUCCUUUUGGACACCUCCAGAUAGCUCAGAAAUUGCUCUCCUGUGGACCUUCUGAACCCAAGUCCCUGGAAAGCCUGGUCCAGAGGCCUUUCCUCCAAAGGGCACAAAACAGGCCUUUUCCUCUGCCCUGCUCAUAUAAUAUUUGUGGAAGCUUGAAUCUUGCUUCUCCAUGCCCUCAAUUAACAUCUAUUUUCCAUCCAAAAUACCUGGCAUGGGUACCACACCAGGGUCAUACCCAGGGAUGCAGAGCAGUCCUCCAGUUCAUUGUGUCUGGUUCUUUACCCACCCAGCUAGCCAUCCACCCAGUCACACAAUUGAAAAUUGCCUUGUUGCUACUCUGGGGUCCCUGGCAUGGUGAGGAGGCCUACUCAUCUUCCCCUGGCUCCUCACCUCCAGGCUCAUCCCAGAGUCCCCAGCACUCUCAGUCCCAUGAGCCCCCUAUCUAGUUCUGCCCACUCGGGACCCCUACUCCUGGGCAUCCUGCCUACCUCUGCAGAGGCUGGGUUCACUUUCUCAGGCUGACAGGCACCUCCUCAGCAGUAUCAGGGCUCUGGGGCCUCAAAGGAAAGGGACCUCGACCCUUGGUUUAGAGAACCUGAGAUAAGCCCCCUCCGGCCUGGGUAGGGGCUCUCCUACCUCAAUCCCCUUCCCUCAGCCAUUUUUGAACAUUGAAAGGCCCCGGGGUUGGGGAGGAUGGGGCCAUCCGUUACCCAAGAAAACCCCGAAAAAACAGAAAACAAAAAACCAAAAAACAGAACAAACCCUCUGUGCAUCCUAGUGAAGCCUCAUCUCCCCUUAAAAUGAAAUACAAUUUAAAAGGCCAUUUCAGUGGUUUGUUGCAGCAACACCCAGCUUCUCCUCUACAGCGUGGAAAAUCCAGAGUCCUGAAGGCCAGCCAGCGAGCCAGGCUGCAAUUCCUCCAAGGAGGCACCAGGUGUCGCUGUGGGCUCGUUGUCCCGCCUACCCCCCAAUUCCAAGAACCUUUUUUUUUUUCUCCCCCUUCUCUCUCUUUCUCUCUCUCCCUCACUCCCUCUCCCCCUUGGUUGGGCUUUGCCAACAUAUCAAGAUGCGUUUCGCCGGCUUCCAUCACUAACCUCCCGGAGGUCAUCAAGCCAAAUUUAUGAGUGGCCGCUCGAGUCACGUGACUCUAUUUAAGGCUCCCUUAUUUGGGAAGAGCGCAUAGGAUAAAGAAAGAGAUAUCUCCACCUAUAAAUUGUGCACUUUGGAGAACAAAAAACCCCUCAACUUCAAAGAGUCACAAAUCACCCUUAAUCAAAAAGGGUGCAGAAUUUUUUUUUGGGCCCUCCCCGCCAUGAGCUCCUACGUAGCCAAUUCAUUCUAUAAGCAGAGCCCCAAUAUCCCUGCCUAUAACAUGCAAACUUGUGGGAACUAUGGAUCGGCCUCAGAGGUGCAGGCAUCCAGGUACUGCUACGGCGGAUUGGACUUAAGCAUCACUUUCCCACCGCCUGCGCCUUCCAACUCUCUCCACGGGGUAGACAUGGCUGCCAACCCCCGGGCUCACCCCGACCGCCCCGCCUGCAGCGCCGCGGCCGCUCCGGGACACGCUCUGGGCAGAGAUGAAGCGGCUCCUCUGAACCCCGGGAUGUACAGUCAGAAGGCGGCUCGCCCAGCGCUGGAGGAGCGAGCUAAGAGCAGUGGGGAGAUCAAAGAGGAGCAGGCGCAGACAGGGCAGCCCGCCGGACUGAGCCAGCCACCGGCCCCGCCACAGAUUUACCCGUGGAUGACCAAACUGCACAUGAGCCACGAGACUGACGGCAAGCGGUCCCGAACCAGUUACACGCGCUACCAGACUCUGGAACUGGAAAAAGAAUUCCACUUUAACCGCUACCUCACUCGUCGCAGGCGCAUAGAGAUCGCCAACAACUUGUGUCUCAACGAGAGACAGAUCAAGAUCUGGUUCCAGAACCGCAGGAUGAAGUGGAAGAAAGAUUCCAAAAUGAAAAGCAAAGAGGCUCUCUAGAGGCAGCGGAGAGGCCCGCCGAGAGCACCCGAGCCCGCUUCGGUCCCUGCGCCUUUCCUUUUCGGUUUUCCUCUCUCGGUAUAGGGCGGGGGCUGGGAGCAUCGGCUCCCCGGCCUCACAGACAGAAGCUCUUUCCCUUGGCAUUCCGCAUCCCCACCGACCCCAGGUUCCCGCGUGGCUGCCCGCGCUGCCCGGACUCCCCUCGGUUCUGCUCAGCACCGAGGUCCCGGGGCAGGCUCUCCGCAGGAUCCCCAGAGGGCUGUGGCAUAGGGGCCGGUGCUGAGCGAACCCGGCCCGGGCUGCCUCUCAGGAUUCCUGCCCCAGCGUGGCCGCCGGGGUUCAGGUGGGCCCUGCGGGCGCCUCAGGCCCCCCGCCGGGACCCUCCGGCCUCGCCCUCUCCUUUGUUCCCGGCUGCGGGCUCGGUAAGAGGACGGUUGUGCCUGGCGGAGUCCGGCACCAGACUUGGGGUGCUUCCUUGUAGCCGCUAAACUCGAUGUUCAUUUUUUAAAUGAUUUGCAUAUGAAAGGGGGAAGAUGACUGUCUGCUUAGGGCCCCCUUGGUUGCCCUAUGCUCUCCCAACCUGCGCCCCCCACCCCAAAGCCCGGGAACUUGUCCAGCCUGCGCUCUCUGCAUGCCCUCUCAGGCCCCCAGCCUCAGACCGCUAGCUAGCUCAGCUAUUGGGGUUCCCUGCUACUGGACCCCAGCAAAGGUCCUAGAGGCUCCUGGCUGCCCCAGUAGUCCCUGCCACGACGUUCGGUGUCCUUCUUCUCAUCGCUGUUGUCCAACUAUUUAUUGACUCCAGGUCUUUCCUGAAACUAUAUUUUGUCAUAUCAAAUAAAGACAAAGAGAGAACAGGACUAAA